AAUAUUAUAUCGUUUUCUAUAUUAUAUAUAUAGACAAAUAACAAAUAAAAAAAUAUUUUGUUUUAUAUUUUUAAGAUAGAAAAAUUGAAAAAUAUUCCCAGGCAUAUAGUAGAAAAAAAUUAAUUCAUUUAUUAUUAUCUAUAUUAUCAAUAUAGCAAAAUAAGGAAUACAAAAAAUAUAUGUUCCAGUAUAUAGUAGAGGAUACAUAGAAAAAAAUAUAAUUUUUCAUCUCCUGAUCGUCUUAGAAAAGCUUCAACAUCGAUAUUUUUUCUGUCGAAAUAUUUUGUGAAGAAAAACGUUCUCUAUUAUGUGAAAAUUUCCGAGAUAUAUCUGUACUUUGACUAAUCUAUUAUACAAAGCAUUUAUUUGUGAUGUCAAAUAUGAUUUUACGAUUCCAUUAAUAGAAAACAUUGUCUUGCGCAGGACAAUUUUGUGUAUGUUGUACAUUUCUCCAUAAUAGAAACUAUUGAAUCAACAAUUCUCAAAUAAGUAAAAGAACAUGAUAGAUCACACAGAAUCAAAUAAGAGUAGACAAGACUUGGAUUAUGUAAUGCUAUAACUUUCUUUUGUUUAUGAAUCCUAUUUAGUCAGAUAAAAUCAGAUCAGAAUCCUUUACUCUGUUCUUAUAUAUUUCUUAAUCUCAGAAUCUAAUAAGAUGUCCAAUGACAUCUUUUAUUCUGAAUCUGACAAAAGCAUUAAAAAAAUGCAUCUAUUUUCACUGUCUCUUUUUGAUCUCUUCUAGUACAUUUCUCUUUUUUCUUUCCUGUCUACUUUACAUCUCAUGCAUAUCCCUUCUCUCUUGCAUUCUUUUUGUGCAUGGCAUCGCAUUUAGUCUAUUUUCAAUAUUCUUGUUCAGAAUCUUUGAGAAGAUUAUUAUUGUCCCGAGAUUUCUAUUAUAUAUAUCCGCCCUUGUGCCUAUGAUAUUCAUUAUGUUCAGAAGAAUUCAGUGAAAACCCUCCCAGAAUCGGUUUGUGACGAGCACUUUGUUCAGGGAAUUUUUUGUAUUUACUGUUCUAAAUAAAGGAAAACUAUAAUUCUAAUAAUUACUUUACAAGACUGAAGAGAAAAACAAUCUAAUUUGGGCAAGAAUACCAGUCCAUCAAUCAAAAUCAUAGAAAUAUGAAUACAUGUUAUCCUAUUAUCUCCAAAAAUUUGCUUGAGCAUCCGAGGGUUAAAUACACAUAAGUUUUUGAACAUAAUUAAAUCUACGAUUGAUAUCAAAUAGUAGCCUAAUAAUUUAUUGCUUUAAAAACGUUUUCAUAAAAUUCAGAGAUAGGCACCUCCAUUCUGUCCUGUUCCUACUCCAUUUUCACUCUGAUAUCAACCAUUCCAAAAUACUUACUCUUCAGAUCCUCCUGAACAUAUCCAUAACAUACGAGCUUACAGAAGACUUCUCAGAACAAGUACUACAUAAGGAUUAUAACAUGAUCCUCAUAGAAGAUAUUCAUUAUUUUGAGAUUUUGGGAUUUUGACAAAGUAUCUUAUUUAGUCACCAAGAUUCUGUUCUAGGACCCUAAUACAAUGGUUUGAAGAUGGCGUUCAUCAAAAGUUAAAAAUAGCAUUUCAGAACACUUUCUUUUUCAAAGCCCAUAAAAUCCAUAGAUCCCAAUGUUUGUCACUGGAGAACUCCGUUCGGAUUGACAUCCACCUUUUCAGCAUUUGUAAAAGAAGAAGUCCCCUUAGAUUAAAUAGAUUCGCGUGGGAUCCUCUCAACUUUGUUCAAUUUCUCCUGUAUCCAAACCUUCUCGUGAUCUUACUCAGAGUACAUCACAGUUGUUCUUCGAACAGCUUGACAUAACUUAUCAAAAGCCUUAUAAAAUUUCACCGGCAUUCUCUAUGCAAAUACUUAGGAGUUUCUUCGGCAGAUCUACAUUCAUCAUACAGUAAAUCAUGUAUCCUUAAGGUUUCCUAAAAAACAUAGGGAUUAGGUUUGAUAUUUUGUUGUUCAACGAUUCGAUAUUCUUCUCACAUGAUGCAGAUAGAAUCUCCUCUGAUAUUCAUAUAAAUGAUCAUUCUGCCAAAAAGAUUCUGAAUUCUUGCAAUUCUGAAUAAAAUCCUCAGAUCCUUAUGUUUUUCUAUCAAAAACUUACAUGGAAUUAGCAUUACUCUUUCUUGGAGAACCUCCUUACAACAAUCUCCAGAUAUUAUUUUUAUGAUCAAAAAGAUUUUGGCAAAAACUAGAAGUAACAUAGAUGUAAGAAUCGUUACCAAAUCCUUUUUUUCUCAUAAGAAACUAGGAAAAGACUUCUGAAUUUUUAUCUGUGGAGUGAGCAUUGUCAAAGAUGAAUGUCAUAUUUGUAGCGCUUGCUCUCACGAGAGACGGGAUCCCUUCGACAACGACGAUUUCUUUUCUUUUUUUGUUCAUUGUAGUAAUUCUCAAUAUUCCAGCCGAUGCCCGAUGGGCACAGAAUGGGGUGACUGUUGCUGGAGGUCAUGGACGAGGCAGUGCUACCAAUCAACUCGACUGGUCUUAUGGUCUCUUCGUUGAUGAUGAUCAAACGAUGGUUAUCGCUGACCUCCGCAAUCAUCGUAUCAUCCAAUGGAAGAUGGGUGAUAAGAAUGGACAAGUAGUAGCUGGUGGUCAUGACCAAGGAAGUCGAUUGGAUCAAUUGAAAUACCCAGCCGAUGUGUUAGUUGACAAAGAGACGGAUAGUCUCAUUAUUUGUGAUUUGGGGAAUGACCGAGUCGUACGAUGGUCUCGUCGUAGUGGCACAACUCAAGGAGAAAUUCUCAUCGACAACAUCUGGUGUUGGGGAUUGGUCAUGGAUGAUCAGAGAUAUCUCUACAUCUCUGACACCGACAAACAUGAAGUAAGACGAUAUCAAAUAGGAGACAAGAAUGGAACUAUCGUGGCUGGUGGCAAUGGCGAAGGUGCUGGCCUCAAUCAACUCGACUACCCGACCUACAUCUUUGUCGAUCAACAACAGACUGUCUACGUGUCAGACAGGGACAAUCAUCGUGUAAUGAAAUGGAAUAAAGGUGCAAAAGAAGGAAUUAUAGUCGCUGGAGGUCAAGGCCAAGGGGAUGCUCUGACACAAUUGUCGUAUCCUCGUGGACUGUUCGUCGAUACAUUGGGUACCAUCUAUGUAGCAAACUCGGGGAAUAGUCGAGUAAUGCGUUGGCCUAAAGGAGCGAAACAGGGCACUGUCAUUGUGGGUGGAAAUGGUGAAGGAGAAGGAGCAAAUCAGUUCAAGUCUCCCGAGGGUGGAUUUAUUACAACAGAAAAGAAUGAAACAAGAUAUAUUCUUCAUUUGAAUAAAAAUUUAUUUAUAUCGACAUCAAGAUCAACAAUUUGUUAUUCAUGUACAAUGAUUUGGAGAAUUUUAUGCUUAAUGGAUAAUGUUGAUAAAUUCAUGUGUACAAUUAAUUUAACUAAUAAUUAA